GUUUGGAAACAUUCUUCCUCAGUAUUCAGUGGUUAGCUUCCACAAUAGUCACGUUCAAAAUGGCUCCAGAUGACGCGAAUAAAAAACGAAAUUCUACCGAAUCGAUCGUGCGAUACACGGAGAUUUUGUUCAAUACCAUCAAUCAUAUGUUAAUCGCAUAUGUAACAAUCUAUUUGUCGUACGUGUCUUACAUGAAUGGCUUCAAAAAUCUUUUCUCGUGGCAUAUAUUUCUACCGGCAGUUGGCUACCACUUCUUCAUGGCGGAGUCCUUCUUAACAUUGUAUUCGGCGAACUCAUGGACCAUGGAGAACACACCGGAAAUGAAGCGCCGUCUCCAUUGGAUCCUACAGGCGAUUGGAUGCUGUGCGAUCUUCGUUGGAACUGGUUUGGAAAUUUACGACAAAGAGGAAAGGAAGCGGACACAUUUUAAAUCCCCCCACGCGAUAACCGGCUUGGUUUCGAUCAUUUUUAUCGUCUUGUCGAUACUGAAUGGAUGGGCGGCAAUGUACGCGAUGAAAAUCAGGCACAUCAUUAAACCCAUCUAUAUCAAGUUGAGCCAUUAUAUUUGUGGGAUAGUGGCGUUUGUCAUUGGUAUGACAUCUCUGGCGCUAGAAUACAGUCCACGGCGCAUGCUUUCGAAGGAAAAUGUGAACAUGCUGAUAUUGUUCACUUCGGUUGUGUCCGCAUUUACCGUAAUUGGUGCUGGAAAGACAAUGUUUGCUCAAUUCAGAGGAAUGUGUCGAUAGGAUGAGAAAACUUAAUGUAAUUUAUUCGACUUAUUUAUAAUAAAUGUAAUAGGAUCUAUAUACAAUAAUAAUAAAGCAUGUUGCAUUACUUUCCAA